AAUAUUAAUUAAACAUGCACGAACCAUCAGUUAUUAAUGCAUAAUAUCAGGUCAAAAACAUCAACGAACAAUUUGAUGCUAUCAAUAAAAAUAUAUAAUCGUAAACACACGGUUUUCUAAAUGUUUUUCAUUAUACAUACUCGGCCGGUUAACUUGCUCCGCUUAAUCAGUAGUAGUGUAUCAAAAUGUCCGCCGUGUCUUUAUUCCGUCGUGCUUUCGUGAAACAAAUUGCUGAUUUUUAUAGUGCAAAUGCAUCAGUGUCGUGUUACGUGCAGAAAAGGCAUCAAUGGAAUCUCAAAGUAAUUCCGAAACCGGGUGUUCAGGGGAAAAGCUAUCGUCGGAUUGUCCAUUUUAAAGACAAGUACACGGUCGAGCCUUUGGAGGUUACAAACUUAGGAGGCAGGGAUCCCGAAACAGGAAGACGAGUGGUCAUUGGCAUCGGUGGAGGGAUUAAGCACAAGUACCAUUGGAUCAAUUGGAUCAGGGAUGGACCAACCGACUUGAACGAGAAGCCAAAGGAGGAGAGGAUUCUGGCGAUAUUCCACGACGGCAAUAGGACAUCUGAUGUCGCACUGGUCGGCAGUGGCAAGGAGUUGAAGUAUAUUCUCGCCACAGAUCAAAUGAAAGUGGGCGACAUACUUCGAACCCAUAAGGGUAUACCGCGGAACCCUAUCAGACCGAACGAAGGGGAUGCUUAUCCAUUAGGCGCGUUACCGGCCGGGACUAUUGUUCACUGUGUAGAGAAAUAUCCGGGAUUAGGUGGCUUUCUGAUUCACGCCGCUGGAACAUUCGGCACCAUUAUGAACCGGGACGGAGACGAUCGUGUGAUCGUCAGAAUGCCUAGCAAGAAACUAUUCAGCCUACACGAAACGUGCAUGGCGACAGUCGGCAGAUUGUCGAACAUCGAACACGGCACGACUCCAAUCGGCAGCGCGCAGAAGAACCGUGAGCUCGGUAAUCGGCCGAGAAGCGGUUUGUGGCACAGAAAAGACGGAAGACACGGUCGAAAGGUUAGAAAAUUGCCUCCUGUGCGGAAGUUCGAUCCAUACGUACCCACGAAGAAGGAAACGCUCACGUUAAAUUACCGGUCGUUGAACGAGUAAAAUUACUUGUAAACACGUAUAGAAUAAAACGAUCACUUUAUUGUA